UUUAAAAGCCUCCGCAGGCUACACAAAGGGAGAGGGGGGCAGCUCUCCUCCCCGAGCCAGGAGCGCCCGUCAGCUGCGCGGACUCCCCUCCUGCCCGGAGCUGGACUGAACCCGGGAGGGGACAUGAAACCGACCAGGAAAAGCUUUAACCAGGAGCGGUCUGCAGGCAGCUCCACCAUGUCAGACAGCGACCUCGGAGAAGAUGAUGGGACUGCCUCUCUGGACCUGUUGCAGUCGAACAAGAGAAAAAGAAGGGGGAACCUCCCGAAGGAAUCGGUGAAGAUCCUCCGAGACUGGCUCUAUGAGCAUAGGUUCAAUGCAUAUCCAUCUGAGCAAGAGAAACUCAGUCUGUCUGGACAGACCAACCUCUCUGUGCUGCAGAUCUGUAACUGGUUCAUCAACGCCCGGCGGCGGCUCCUCCCCGACAUGCUGCGCAAGGACGGCAAGGACCCCAACCAGUUCACCAUCUCUCGCCGAGGGGGCAAGACCGCAGAUGUGGCCCUGCCCCGUGGGGCCACCACGGGCUCUGGGGUGCUGGUGAUGCCUCCUGUGGCUCCCGCUACGGCGGCUGCCACUGCCACCCCCAAGGUGCUGUCCAUGUCAGUCUGCCCGCAGGUGAUCUGCCACCCCGCGCAGCCACUGGCCAGCAGCCUGACAGUGGUGAGCACCCACGGGGCUGAGCAGGAGAAGCAGCCCCCCUUCCCCCGGAUGGAGCUGGACCCCCACCCCAAGCCUCAGCUGAGCACAACAAGCAGCACCAUGGCGCUGUUGGCCAGGACGGACGCGGCCAGCCCCACCAACGGACUCUUUAACACCCCACCCCCCACGCCGCCCGAGCUCUUCGGAGAGGACUUCAGCAGCUUCCAGCUGCUGGUGGAAGUGGCGCUGCAGAAGGCGGCCGAGCUGGAAUCGCAGCGGCAGAAUGGGCAGCUGCCCCCAUUAUGGCACACAGAGCCCCAGGCUGCCCCAGUCUCCAAAUAACCUGCUCUGUGCCGGCUCCAGCUGGGUCUGCCCACCCUUCCUGUCUUCUAGGGCUCUGUUGGGUUUGGCGUCUGCCAGCUGAAGGUGGUGGGGGGGCUUUUUGUUUUUGUUUUUUGUUGUUUUACUGUGUUUCUCGGCAGUGAAGGUCCUCAUCCCAGAUGUUACACAUCCUUCUCCCACCAGGAGGGGACCCAAGGAGCCUGACCGCAUUCGGACCUCCACAAAGCAGCCCUUGUGGACUGCAGCAUCUUCAUCUGGAGGGACACGUGACCCUUUUCAUUGUCACGAUGUUCGGAAGCUGUCAAGUAUCCCUCGCACCUUUGAUUGCACCCUGGGUUUCUUAUAUCGUGCUGGAGACAUCGCCUCUCUUCAGGUGCCCAAAGGAGGUAGGCCUGGCUCCUUGGAAGGAUCUUAGUGGCUGUUGUGAGGAGAGAGCUUUGUAGCUGGCUUGACCUCUUACUAGAUGACUAUUUUGCUGUGUAAGACUCUGGAAAAACCUGCUGACUUUAUGGGAGAAAAACAAAUGAAGUGUCCAGCCAAAACUGCAUCUAAAGGGGUUGAGAAACCUUCCGGGUUUUGAACACCUGAGGAGGAAAAGACUUUUCCCCUAAACCUCUCUGGGCCACCUCUUUGUUUUGCCUUGUAUAUAUUUUGUGAAGGGAGAGUUUAGCCGCAGAGCCUUGAGCGGCCCUGGAGAGCCUGUGGAAAGGCAAAGAUCAAACUAACUGGAAAACUUAAAUCUGUGGCUUUUUUUUUUUUUCCAUUGAAAGAAACAAAACCCCCUAAUGUUG